CAAGCGGCGGAAAUCGGUAACAGGUGAUGGGCGUGGCUAGACGCGCUAAAUAAGCGGUUUUGUCUGGUUUUAGGUCUCAUACUCGGAGGUGUUUUCUCUCUUUGGUCGGCGGCACGUCGGAGGAAGCAGCGGAACAGCGGCAUCAUGCACAAACCGUCACCUAACGAACCAGAGCAGGUCCGCAAGCUCUUCAUCGGGGGCUUAAGCUUCGAGACCACUGAUGACAGUCUCCGCAACCACUUUGAACAAUGGGGGGCCCUAACAGACUGUGUGGUCAUGAGGGAUCCAGGCACCAAACGUUCCCGUGGCUUUGGCUUUGUCACAUAUUCAUCAGUGGAAGAAGUUGAUGCUGCUAUGGGUGCCAGACCUCACCGGGUAGAUGGCCGUGUGGUGGAACCUAAACGCGCGGUUUCCAGAGAGGCUUCUCAAAGGCCAGGAGCACAUCUCACAGUUCAGAAGAUCUUUGUUGGGGGAAUAAGAGAGGACAUUGAAGAACAUCAUCUAAGGGACUACUUUGAGAAGUAUGGAAAGAUCGAGGUGGUAGAGGUGAUGACUGACCGGGCCAAUGGCAAGAAGAGAGGAUUUGCUUUUGUGACGUUUGAUGAUCAUGACUCAGUUGACAGGAUUGUCCUUCAGAAAUAUCACAGUAUCAAUAACUACAACUGUGAAGUAAGGAAGGCGCUGUCCAAGCAAGAUAUGAUGUCUGCAUCUACCAGCCAAAGAGGACGUGGAGGCGGUGGUGGUGGGAACUUUGGUAGAAACGAUGAUUAUCAAGGACGUGGAGGAAACAAUGAUAGCAGGGGUGGUGGUUUUGGUGGACGUGGUGGAUAUCGAGGGGAUGGCUACAAUAAUGGUGGAUUCGGUAAUGAUGGUGGAUAUGGCUACAACCCACCUUAUGGUGGUGGUGGCGGCGGCGGCAAUCGUGGUUAUGGUGGAAACCAAGGUUUUGGAGGAGGACAAGGUGGUGGAUAUGGAGGAAAUGGCGGUGGCUAUGAAGGGUACAACAAUGGAGGAGGAGGAGGAAGUGGCGGUGGAUUUGGUGGAGGCAAUGGUAACUUUGGUGGAAACAGUGGAGGAGAUUACAAUGAGUUUGGUAACUACAAUAACCAAUCGUCUUCUGGCUUUGGACCUGCGAAAGGAGGCAAUUUUGGUGCAAGGAAUUCUGGACCUUAUGGUGGUGGUGGAGGUGGUGGUGUUGGUGGUGGAUUCGGUGGUGGCACUGGAGGCGGCAAUUAUGGAAGUGGCAGGCGGUUCUAAUAGAGGAAACAAUGCUUAGGAAGAGAGGAGAGCCAGGCAAGCGACAGGUUACUACACAAGUUGAAGUCAGCCAAGCACAUUUGUGGCAGGGCAUAGCUGCUGCAUGAAGAAAUGUUAGCAAAUCAGAAUUACGUGUGAGGAAAACACAGGACUUUUCAUGACUAAAUUAUGAAGACUUUAAGUUUGUUUUGUGAAGUGUCAAGCAUUCCUAGGAGUGGGUUUUAUUGAAUAGGACUUCAUAUACAUUUUUUUAUUUUUGUUGCCGUUCACACACUGUAAACUGCAUCAUAACUCUUUAAUAAAUGUGUCCUUUUUUAUAA